GUGGAUAAGCUUGAGCAAGAUAACAAUAAGAAAACAGUUUUAAAAAUUCAGGUUUCUUCUGAUCAUCUGUAAUAAAAGCACGGUCACCUGGAACUGAACGACUGAGACUUAAACUUAAGUAGAAGUUUGAGAUUAAUUUUUGGAAAUAUAGGAGAAGAGUCUCACGAGUAUUGGAUUUUCAAUCUUACACGCUUUGAAGUGAGGGCGGCAUAUUGGUGGAUUACUGUCUUUAUCUGUCAAAUAAAUUGUGAAGGUAUCUCCCAAUAUAUUAUAUAUAUCCUGCCUAGACAUUCAUAUUUACAAGCUUUGUGGUUUCAUGGUCUGAGGAAAAAAAGUAAAGAGGAGAAAAGAUUCAGUGAUGGCAAAUCAUUGUGCUUUUGGAAGGCGGUGUGUAUGGUGGGUUGAGAAGUAUUUAGGAGACUGUGUAUGUGGAGUGAGAGAUUAUGUGUCUGUUGGUUUGGGGCUUACCAGUGUGUUCUGCUGGGCUGUUGCAGAAGUGCCUCAGAUUAUCACUAACUUCAAGAAUGGAUCCACUGAGGGUGUUUCCCUUGGCUUUCUCAUGGCAUGGGUUGUGGGGGACCUGUUUAAUCUUGCUGGGUGCUUCCUGGAGCCAGCAACUCUACCAACGCAGUUUUAUACGGCACUGCUGUAUACAAUUACGACCAUUAUUCUAGUUCUCCAAAUUAUAUACUUUGAUUAUAUAUGCAAGUGGUGGAAAGUGAGGAAAACGAAGGUUCAAGCCAAGAAUCUCCACAAAGAAGUGUUCAAGUCUGAUAAAAAUGAUAAUCAGAAGGCAGAGCCUGUAGAGGUGCCAGAGAACACGAACACUUUACCUAUACCUGCUGUUUCAUCCCGUGACAGAUCCAACACAGGGAGGGACCUAUAUUACAUGUCUGCAAGAUCUCUAGCAAGCAGUCACACUCCUACUUCUGGUUCAUAUAUGUUACAAGGUCGUAGAAUCAGUACAAGCUACACCAUAAACCAGCCAUCACUAGACCAGGAAGGAUUGCUUACCAAUCUUAUAUCCCCAAGUCCUGUGAAUUCCAAUACCAUACUUCGCUCUGUAGCUUCAAUUAUAUUCUUUGUUGGAGGGCUCAACUACUUGAACUCGCCUACUUACAAUUACAUUGCUUCAAGAAGCCCUUACUCUGUACAAAUGGAAGAGAAAUCUGUUGUUAUAAUAACAGGAAGGAAACUUUUGCAGGGAAUGGUUGGCAGUGCAAUGCAAGAGGAGUCGUCUAGCCAGUUAGGAACUUGGUUGGGAUGGAUUAUGACUGCUAUCUAUAUGGGUGGAAGACUUCCACAAAUCCGCUUAAAUAUCAAGAGAGGAACCGUUGAGGGACUAGAUCCUUUCAUGUUCAUGUUCGCUGUACUUGCGAAUACAACUUAUGUGGGGAGUAUUCUAGUGAGGAGUCUAGAGUGGAAAAACUUAAAGCCAAAUAUGCCAUGGCUCGUUGAUGCAGCAGCAUGUGUCGUUUUAGAUCUAUUUAUUCUUGCCCAAUUCAUCUACUACAAUAUUAGACGGAGUGAUGACCAGGGAGACGCUGAUGGAGCUUAUGAAGCAGCCAAGACGUAGCAUUUGAAUGCCUACCUUUUUGAUCCAAGAUUUUGUAAGGAGGUCCAUAACGGAAUAAGAGAGCAAUAAAAAACAGAGCAGCCGGCAGAAAUAAAAACAGGGUAUAUGGCUAAAAGAUAUACUCUGAGUUGUAUUAAGUUAUGACAUUUAAAAUUAUUUAAAAUCUAGAUCAUUCUUAUUUUUU